AUGGGACUUGUUUCCCUCGUCACCAUCGGGGCGGCCUGGGGAGUGGAGGGAAGGGGCAGGAAUUCGAACCCCACCUCCGGGUCCUCGUGGAACGCAUCUGUGACCGUGAACCUGGGGGCGACCCAUCCCGUCAGCAAGACCCUGUACGGCAUCUUCUUCGAGGAGAUCGGUCAUGCCGGCGAGGGUGGGCUUUAUGCGGAGCUGGUGCAGGACAGGAGCUUCGACGCCAUCGCCAGGGUCUCUGGAUUUGCCUCCUCCAAUGCGCCUGCCCUGCCGGUGGACCUCGCCAAGCUGGCUGCCCAGCACCGUGACGCCUGGACACCCACCAGCUGGGACCUGAGCGUGGCAGAGGCCGCUACCACCAAGGCCGAUUUCCUGGACAAAUUGCGCGGCCCAGGUCCACGGAACGACAUCAUUGUGGCGUGGCAGGCUCUCCCUGGCACCACCACAUCACUCACCAGGGACAAACCCCUGAACCCUACCAAUCUGGUGUCCAUGACCCUCUCUGCCACCGCCAACGGAUCGGUCGGCAUCGUUAACCAUGGCUACUGGGGCAUGCACGUCGAGAAGGGGCAGUCCUACACGGUCUCACUCUAUGCCCGGGCCGGCGAGACGGGCCCUGUCCCUCUGACGGUGUCCAUACUGGGUGCAUCCCUGAAGCACACCCUGGCCUCCGUGGAUCUGAACCCACCCUCGGAGGACUGGGGCAGGUUAACGGGGACGCUGGAGCCCAAUGCCACCGACUCCGGUGCCGUCCUGGUGAUGAGCUUUGAGGGACCCGGCUCUGUGGUGCUGGACGUAGUCUCCCUUUUCCCCACUGAGAACGUGAAGGAGGCUGCCGAGCGGGGAGAGGUGAACCCCUGGCCCUUCAGGGCUGACCUUCUCGGUGCCCUCAAGGCACUCAAACCAGCUUUUAUGAGGUUCCCUGGAGGCUGCUACAUCGAGGGUGACCACCUGGUCAACCGCUUCAACUGGAAGGACAGCAUCGGGCCCUUGGAGGAGCGAUCAGGACACAUGAACGGCGUCUGGGGCUACUGGUCGACGGACGGCCUGGGCCUGUUCGAGUACAUGCAGCUGGCAGAGGCCCUGGACACAGAGCCGGUGUGGGUGAUCAACAAUGGCGUGGCCCACGCCGACAGUGUGCCGGCAUCGGACAUCUGGCCCUACGUCCAGGACGCCCUCGACUCUCUGGAGUUCAUCCUGGGCUCCCCUGACUCCCGCUGGGGCUCCGUCAGGUCGAGCAUGGGACGGGAGCAGCCCUGGAACAUCACCUAUGUGGCCAUCGGCAACGAGGACUGCGGGAAGUGGAUGUACCUGAACAAUUACCUUGCCUUCUUCGGCGCCCUGCGCGGCGCGCAUCCCCACCUGCGCCUGAUCAGCAACUGCGACAUGGGCCGCGAUGCGCCCACUGACAUCUGGGACUGGCACAUAUACACCAACCCCCGCGACCUCUUCAACAAGCGCAAUAUCUUCGAUGGGCGGAGGCCGGAGGACGGCCACUUUGUGUUUGCGUCCGAGUACGCCGUCACCGAGGGCGGGGGCUGGGGCAACCUUGUCGGUGCUGUGGCGGAGGCGGCCUUCAUGACGGGGCUGGAGAGGAACUCGGAGGCAGUGGUGAUGGCCGCCUAUGCGCCCCUCUUCGUCCACACCAGCAACCGCCCCUGGCCCACCAACAUGAUCGUGAUCGACAACCACCGGUGGUUUGGCAUCCCCUCCUACCACGUGCAACGUCUCUUCCGUGAGAACCAGGGCGUGCGGUAUGCAGAGACGGCGGUCGCCGCCAGCCCCAGUGCCCAGCUGCAUGAGGACUCGGUGGCGGCCUCUGCCACCUGCCAGGACGAUGAGUGCACGACCCUGGUGGUCAAGGUCAUCAAUUUUUCGUCAUACAACCAGACCAUCCGCAUCCAGCUCGACGGCCUGGCCGCCAACCAGAGGGUGGAGGACGGCGGGGACCUGACCUGGCUCACCUCUGGCCACCCUGAGGAUGAAAACACUUUUGACGACCCACACAAGGUCACGCCAAGAUCCACCUCCCUCUCAGGCCUUGACUCUGACUUCCGGUUGCAGACCGCCCCCUACAGCGUCAACCUGCUGACCGUCCAGCUCGGCUCCGGGGAGGCCCCUGAUGCGUACGUCGCUGCUGCCAUGUAG